AGUUCAUCUACACGAGUGCGAACUAAACUUGGGUUUGUUGAACCAUACCAUUUCAUUCUAAAAAGUAUCCUUCCUAGUUUAUUAUUUGGUAAAACACAAAACAGCUAAAAUGGGAGAACGCAAAGGACAAAACAAAUAUUAUCCACCGGAUUACGAUCCUCGAGCCGGUGGUCUCAAUAAAUUUCUUGGCACCCAUGCCUUGCGUGAACGGGCUCGUAAGAUUCAUUUGGGCAUUAUUAUCAUUCGUUUUGAAAUGCCAUACAAUAUUUGGUGUGAAGGGUGCAAAAAUCACAUUGGAAUGGGUGUGAGAUACAAUGCUGAAAAAACAAAAGUUGGAAUGUACUUUUCGACGCCCGUCUAUCAAUUCAAAAUGAAAUGCCAUUUAUGCGAAAAUUACAUUGUGAUAAAAACCGAUCCGGGAAAUUUGGAUUAUGAAAUUGUAUCUGGUGCGCGUCGACAAGAAGGUCGAUGGGAUCCAACCGAAAAUGGCCAGGUUGUGCCUGAUACAAAAGAAACACAGCGACGACUAUUUGAUGAUCCGAUGUAUAAAUUAGAGCAUCAAGCGUCUGACUUGAAGAAAAGUGAUGAUGCAAAACCUGCCAUUUUCAAACUGUACGAAAGAAAUCACUAUGUUUGGGACGACGAUUAUACAGCCAAUAGUCGACUUCGGGCGGAAUUCCGAAAUAAAAAAAAGGAACUGAAAUCGGAGGCAGACAAAGAUAAAGCACUGCUCCUCAAAUCUAGUCUUGACAUUGAAUUAUUGCCCGAGAACGAUCAAGACGCACGCUUGGCAGCUAUGAUGAAAUUACAUUCUGAACGAGUAAUCAAUGAAAAAGAUCGAAAAAAUGAAGUGAUUAAUAAACCUGCGCUACCAGCAAUUAAGGCCAUCAGUAGCUUGAGAAGCCAACGAUUGUUGAAUUCAAAAUUAAGUAAAAAUGAUUUAGGUAUCAAACGAAAGACUUCCGAUAGUUGUGAAAGUUUGGCGAAAAUAAUCAAACCAACAGAAACCAUCACAAGCAAUGAUACGCCGGAAAAGUUGGGAGAGAGUUCAUCGCAUUCAAACGAGGCGACACAAGAAAAAGAGUCAACCAAAACUACCAAAAGAAAUCACAUGGAUGAUAAAUCAACAGACAAUGGUUCUACCAAAGUAUCAUCGUCACUCAGUUUAGUUUGUAAUUAUAGCAGUAAUUCAAGUUCUGAUGAUGAGGAAGCAACGUAGUGUAUAAAUGAUAUGUAUUCCAGCAAUA